AUGACGGCAAGUAGUCCUGGCCCUGUUUCCAGCCGUCUCUUCAUCCUUCGCGAUCGCAUUGCGGGAUACCGCCUCCUUGUCGACACUGGCGCGGAGAUCAGUGUUAUCCCGGCUUCUGCUGCUGACCGUCGCCGUGCUCACUCUGGCUCUAACCUCCAAGCCGCCAAUGGGACCACUAUCAAAACUUACGGACUACGUUCCCUCACGCUUGACCUGGGCUUCAGAAGAACAUUUCGUUGGGUUUUCGUCCUCGCUGAUGUUUGGCAGCCUAUUCUUGGCGCGGACUUCUUGGCCUUCUUUAGUCUGUCUGUGGACGUCCGCCACCGGCCCCUUCUCGACAAUACUACGUCUCUGCGGGUGAAGGGCACGUCCUCCUUCCACUCCCCGCUUGGCAUCCGUGCCCUGCGACCCACUUCACCGUAUGACGCCAUCCUAGACGAAUUUCCUGACAUAACCAAGCCCUGCAACCUCAAGGCUCCCGUCAAACAGUGUCACGCAUCACAUCGUCACAACGGGUCCCCCGGUGUCUUCCCGUUACCGUCGGCCGCAUGGCGACCGCCUCACCAUUGCCAAACGGGAAUUUCAGCAUAUGCUCGAACUUGGCAUAACCGCCCGUCCUCCAGUAGCUGGGCGUCGCCGUUGCAUAUGGUUCUUAAGACCGACCCCGGUGACUGGAGGCCGUGCGGCGAUUAUCGGGCUCUUAACACCAAGACCGUUCCCGACAAGUACCCUCUGCCCCAUAUACAUGACUUCACCGCUGACCUGGCUGGAUGCACUGUUUUCACGACUCUCGAUCUCGUUAAGGCAUACCAUCAGAUACCGGUGCACCCUCCCGACAUCCCGAAGACAGCUGUCAUCACGCCCUUUGGGCUCUUCGAGUUCGUCAAGAUGCCCUUUGGCUAA